CUUUCCUUCCCAAGCACCGAGGAGGCCCCAGCUCCCUAGGGGCUGAGAAGCUGGAGCCUUGGCAAGGGGGGAGGAGCUGAGCCACGAUCUCUGCAAGACCCCCACCCUCGUCCCCCCAGGAAACAUGAACAGGAAAGACAGCAAGAGGAAGUCCCACCAGGAAUGCACGGGGAAGACAGGGGCACGGGGCCGGCCCCGACAAGCCCGCCGCCACAAGACAUGCCCCACCCCCCGGGAAAUCAGCAAGGUCAUGGCCUCCAUGAAUCUGGGCAUGCUGAGCGAGGGCGGCUGCAGUGAGGAGGAGAUGCUGGAGAAAUGCAUCCAGUCCUUCGACUCCACUGGCAGCCUGCGCCAUGGGGACCACAUUCUUAACAUGGUGCUGGCCAUGCACAGCUGGGUACUGCCUUCCGCCAACCUUGCUGAGCGUCUGCUGACCUUGUACCAGAAGGCUGCAGAGGACACACAGGAGCUGAGGCGGCUGCAGAUCUGUCACCUGGUCAGGUACUGGCUCACUCAACACCCAGAGGCGGUGCACCACGAGCCCCAGCUAGAAGAAGUCAUAGGUCGUUUCUGGGCCACUGUAGCCCAGGAGGGCAACUUGGCCCAGAGGAGCCUGGGAGAUUCUUCCAACCACCUGAGCCCUGGUGGCCCCGGGCCCCCGCCCCCCAUGAGCAGCCCAGGCCUGGGCAAAAAGUGCAAAGUGUCCCUGCUUUUCGACCACUUGGAGGCGGGGGAGCUGGCUCAGCACCUCACUUACCUGGAGUUCCGGUCCUUCCAGGCUAUCACGCCUCAAGACCUGCGAAGCUACGUUUUGCACGGCUCGGUGCGGGGCUGCCCGGCCCUGGAGGGUUCCGUAGGCCUCAGCAACAGCGUGUCCCGCUGGGUGCAGGUCAUGGUGCUCAGCCGUCCCGGACCCGCACAGCGCGCGCAGGUGCUGGACAAGUUCAUUCAGGUGGCACAGAGUCUCCACCAGCUGCAGAAUUUCAACACCCUGAUGGCGGUCACAGGCGGCUUGUGUCAUAGUGCCAUCUCCAGACUCAAGGACUCCCACACCCACCUGAGCCCUGACAGCACCAAGGCCCUGCUGGAACUGACUGAGCUCCUCGCCUCCCACAACAACUACGCCCGCUACCGCCGCGCCUGGGCUGGCUGCACCGGCUUCCGGCUGCCAGUGCUGGGUGUGCACCUCAAGGACCUGGUGUCCCUGCAUGAGGCACAGCCUGACAGGUUGCCUGAUGGCCGCCUGCACCUACCCAAGCUGAACAGCCUCUACCUGCGGCUGCAGGAGCUGGCAGCCCUCCAGGGGCAGCAGCCGCCCUGCAGUGCCAAUGAGGACCUGCUGCAUCUGCUCACGCUUUCCUUGGAUCUCUUCUACACGGAGGAUGAGAUCUACGAGCUUUCUUACGCCCGGGAGCCCCGCUGUCCGAAGAGUCUGCCACCCUCCCCCUUCAAAGCACCUCUGGUGGUAGAGUGGGCCCCUGGUGUGACACCCAAGCCGGACAGGGUCACCCUGGGUCGGCACGUGGAGCAGCUGGUGGAGUCCGUAUUCAAGAAUUAUGACCCUGAAGGCCGAGGAACCAUCUCUCAGGAGGACUUCGAGCGGCUCUCGGGCAACUUCCCCUUCGCCUGCCAUGGGCUUCACCCACCUCCCCGCCAGGGGAGAGGCUCCUUCAGCAGAGAGGAGCUGACAGGGUACCUGCUCCGGGCCAGCGCCAUCUGCUCCAAGCUGGGCCUGGCCUUCCUGCACACCUUCCAUGAGGUCACCCUCCGCAAGCCCACCUUCUGUGACAGCUGCAGUGGCUUCCUCUGGGGUGUCACCAAGCAAGGCUACCGCUGUCGGGACUGUGGGCUGUGUUGCCACAAACACUGCAGAGACCAAGUGAAGGUGGAGUGUAAGAGGAGGCCAGGGGCCAAGAGCGAUGUGGGUCCCCCAGGAGCCCCAGUCCCGCCCACACCAAGUCCCCCUGCCAGCUGUGGCUCUGAGGAAAAUCUCUCCGACACACUAUCCCUGGAACCUGAGACCGGGUGCCGCCUUCGCCAUGCUUGGACCCAGACAGAGGCCCCACUCCCUUCCAGGGAAUCAGAGAUGGUCCCCUGCCCAGAGAUGGCCCCAUCAUCCACCUUGUCCUCCAAGCUGGAUUCUUAGACAUCACUUCAGUCUCCUCUAUCCCUUCCCCCAGUCAGUCCCAAGUCCUGCCCUCAGCCUCCAGCAGGGCCCCCAAAGGCACUGCUCCCUCCCUGUUCACACUGUCUUUGGUGACAUGUCCAUCGUCUCUUACCCUGAAAGCUAUUUUCUUCUCUUGCAUCACAGAGGGUACUAAUCAUACUUCCCUCUUCCUGCAUUGAGUAUCUGUGUAGCUCUGUGUUGGUUAUAUUUAGAUUCAGGGAUCGUCUCACCACCUCCCUAAACUUCUAUUUCACAUAUGAGGAGACUAAGGCUCGGGGAGGUUAAGCUGCUGGCCCAAGGUGGCAGAGAUGCCAAGGAUUGGAGGCAGGACUCAAACCCAGGUCUUCUGUCAGCCUCUAAAACUGAAGCUCCUGACCAAUAUGCUACACUGACCAGGAGUCAGGAGGGGGCAAGGACAGAGCAGGUAGUUCCAGACUCUGGGCUUCCAGAGACGGGAGAGAAGGCUGAGAGGGGGAUGGAACAGGAGCCUGCAAACCCCUAAGUCAGAUCACAGCCCUCCUCUGCUCAGAGCCCUCCUAUGGCUCCUCUCAUCAGGGUAAAAGCCAGAGUCCUCACUGUGGCCCACAAAGCCCCACACAAUCCGCCUCAACACCUCUCUGACCUCACCCCCCAGCCCUCACCUCCUUACUCACCCUACUUCAGUUACGCUGGUUUUGAUGUUUCCUGAACAUGCCCAAAAUACUGCUACCUCAGGGCCUUUGCACUGGCUGUUCCCUCUGCCUGGAAUGCUCUUCCCGAGGCCCACCUGGCUCCCCCUUUGGGACUUUGCUCAAAUGGCCCCUUCGUGAAGCUUCCCUGACCAUACUCAAAGUCACAGUCCUCCCACAGUCCCCAUCCUGCCUCCCUGCUUUAUUUUCACAGAACUUUCCCCAUCUGACAAACUAGACAUCUUACCCGGUCCCCUUUUCAAUGUCUGCCUUUCCUCACCAGGAAUGUCAGCUCCAGGACAGCAGAGAUUUCUGUCUGUGUCUUUCCCUGCUGUGUCGCUGGUGCCUAGAACACGGCUGGCGAGUGUGGACACCAGACAAACAUUCGUCCAAUGCCUGAAUAUACCCUUCCCCCAACCCACAGGAAGGGACAGAUGUACUGCUGAAGAGCAAAGGACUUUGCAGGUUAGAGCCACAGGGGCCUGUCCAGACCCAGGGAGCAGAGACCCACACGCCCCCAGACCGAAGCACCCCAACCUGGCCCUGCAGAGAUAGGUCCUAUGGCUGUCAUAAAUUAAAUUUAUUUUUCAGAAAACUCA